GGGAUGGAUUGAUGCGAGGAGACCUCAUGCACACGGCCGGCGGGAGUUCGGCAAACUUUUCCAGGGGCUCCUUCUCGUCCUCCUCGUCCUCCUCGUCCUCCUCCUCGACACGGCCUCCCCGCGCCCCUCGGCCGCUCGCCCCGCGAUGUCUCGGGCGGGCGCCUGGCUGUGCGCGGCGGCGGCGCUGGGCGCGCUGUGCCCGCCGCGGGGCUCGCUGGCGCAGGGCCGGAGGCUGAUCUGCUGGCAGGCGGUGCUGCAGUGUCAGGGGGAGCCCGAGUGCAGCUACGCGUACAGCCAGUACGCCGAGGCGUGCGCCCCGGUGCUGCUGCAGCAGGGCGGCGACGGCGCGGCGGGCGCCGCGGGCUCCGGCGCCUCCUCCCGGCGGCGGUGCCCCAGCCACUGCAUCGCAGCCCUCAUCCAGCUCAACCACACCCGGCGCGGCCCGCCGCUCGAGGACUGCGACUGCGCGCAGGACGAGAACUGCCGCGCCACCAAGCGCGCCAUCGAGCCCUGCCUGCCCCGCACCAGCAGCCCCGGCCCCGGCCCCGGCGCGGCGGGGGGCGGCCCCGGCGUGAUGGGCUGCACGGAGGCGCGGCGGCGCUGCGACUGGGACAGCCGCUGCAGCCUGGCGCUCAGCCGCUACAUGACCUACUGCGGGAAGCUGUUCAACGGGCUGCGCUGCACGCCCGAGUGCCGCGCCGUCAUCGAGGACAUGCUGGCCGUCCCCAAGGCCGUGCUGCUCAACGACUGCGUCUGCGACGGGCUGGAGCGGCCCAUCUGCGAGUCGGUCAAGGAGAACAUGGCCCGGCUCUGCUUCGGAGCCGACACGGGCGGCAACGGCGCCGGCAGCAGCGGCGGCUCGGACGGCGGCACGGAGGAGUAUUACGACGAGGACUACGAGGAGGAGCCGGGGCAGAAGGGGAGGGACGAGGCUGAGGACAAUGCGGGCUCCGAGCCCGGCUUCCCGGCGCAUGGGGACGGCGCCGGCCGCCCCUCGGCAGCGCUGCUGGCCCCGCUGCUGCUGCCGCUGCUGCCGCUGCUGCCCUAGCGCCCGUCCGAACGGCCCCGGCCGCCGGAGAGCACCCAGAGGGGUCCCCGACGCGCCGCCCUCUCCCUUCGCUUUCUUCCCUUUUUUUUUUUUUUGUUUUUUUUUUUUUUGUUUUGUUUUGUUUUUUUUAUUUUUAAGCGUUCUGACAUGAAGGUUAGGAAGAGGUGAGCCACCCAGACUUGCUACCAAAGCUGUCGCCUUACUGGUUAGCCCAUAACCCGGUUAUCGCUCGCCAAGUCCCGCUCCUUGCGAUACGCUGGUGCCCGACAGUGCCGAUCUGCCACUAAUUACAAAUUUAAGGCAUUUAAGGAUUUAAGGAAACAGCGCACCGAAAACGUUCUGUGGCGUACAGGGCUCCCUCUUGCACACGCAUCUUUGUUAAAUUUUUGUUACAUGUAACAUCUCUGUUACAUUUUUCGUUAGAUGUAACAUUUUUUGUUACACCCCUGUAACAAAACCAUACCAGCAGCUUCUCUUCCCUUUUAACCUAGCGACGUAAAAAAAAAAACCAACCCCAAACCAAAAUACCCAGAUAAUUUUUAUUUCCGGAGCUGUUCGUUAUACCAAACAAUGAAACUUUUUUUUUUUUAAAAAAAAGAGCUCUGCACUGCCAUCUUUGAAAGACACUUUUAAACUCGACAACAUGUAUGUACAAAUAUCCUGAAAAGUUAUAUUGCCUCUCGUCAUAUCAGGGUGCUGACCUCUGGUAAAUCUUAUAUGAAAAAUGUAUUUAAAACUGGGAUUUGUUACCAGUUGUUCUUUGUAUAUAGAAUUUUAUAAAUUGUAUGCUUUGGGGAUAAUUUAUUUAAAAAAAAAAUAAAGUUUUAAACCCACAUCCUAUUUGCCAGAUAAUUGCAUUUGCUGUUCUUUUGUGGAAAGGUACAGAUUCCAUUUUAUGUUUAAGGGGAUAUCAGCAACAGUAAUUCAAUGAAGUAUUUUCUAGCACAUCAACUGUACAGUGUAUUUUAUAGAUUGGAAGUUAACUUUCUUAUUUGGAGAGACUUUAUGAACUUUGUAGAAUUGUAUAAAAGCAUUUCUGAGCUGCCUUAAACCUUGUAUUUUUUAUAGAAGGUGUAAGAAUGGCCUGUGUUUUAAAUAUGUAUGGCUUUUUGUACUCUCUAAACGUGUAAAUUAGUAAAGAAAGAGCUUUAAAUAAUGGAUGUGGUGAAAUUGUUUUCCAGGGACACUUGAACUCUCAGCACCCGAGGUUGGAAGGGGGGGGGGGGGGAGUGAACCACAAAAUAACAGACCAAAAACAAUCGACAAACUAAAAUCUCUGCCUGCCUGUAAUACUUUACAUAGAUGUAAAUUACUGCUAUUCUUACUGCUAUUCUUACUUUAAUGAAUAAUUACAUGCAAGAAGUAA